CCUGACUCCGGCAGCUUCCACCACCCGGCUCCGGGGCUAUGGCCGGGAGUGGGCGGCUGGCGCUGUGGAGCAUGCCCGGGCAGGGCUGGGUGCGGGGCUCAGGGCCGGCCGUGCUAAGCCGCCUACGGGACGCAGCCGUGGUACGGCCCGGCUUCCUGAGCGCGGCCGAAGAGGAGACACUGAGCGGCGAGCUGGAACCCGAGCUGCGCCGCCGUCGAUACGAGUAUGAUCACUGGGACGCGGCCAUCCACGGCUUCCGAGAGACAGAGAAGUCGCGCUGGUCAGAGGCAAGCCGUUCCAUCCUGCAGCGUGUGCAGGCAGCCGCCUUUGGCCCCGGCCAGACCCCUCUCUCCUCGGUGCACGUGCUGGACCUGGAACCUCGGGGCUACAUCAAGCCACACGUGGACAGCAUCAAGUUCUGUGGAUCCACGAUUGCUGGCCUGUCCCUGCUGUCUCCCAGCGUCAUGCGGCUGGUGCACACCCAGGAGCCAGGGGAGUGGCUGGAACUCUUGCUGGAGCCGGGCUCCCUCUACAUCCUUAGGGGUUCGGCCCGUUAUGACUUCUCCCACGAGAUCCUUCGGGAUGAAGAGUCCUUUUUUGGGGAGCGUCGGGUUCCCCGGGGCCGACGCGUCUCCGUGAUCUGCCGCUCCCUCCCUGAGGGGAUGGGGCCUGGGGAGCCCGGGCAGCUGCCCCCACCCUGCUGACCCCCCAGGGCCCUCCCCGCUAGCUGCUCAAGACACCGUGUUUGUGAAUAAAGUUGGAGAGUGGACAA